AUGCCUCGCUCCUUUUUGGUAAAGCAAACAAAGGGAACUGAUUUGACUUCUUCAGGAGGUUACCAUCACCAGCACUGGGACAACAGCACAGUGACACAUGCCAUUGCAGAGUCAACCACACGCCUCGCUCAAUGCUUGAGCCAAAAUGGAUACAUCCAGGCCUAUGUCUUUCCUUCUCUGCAACAGAGAAGUGACCACCCCUGUGCUGCUGAGGCCCCACUUCACUCGCCCUGUGGCUCAGGGGGGAGCACAGCAGGGGAUUUCUCAGACAAUGACCUGGGACACCCGGAUAGCCCUGUGUCCCUUUGUACGACUCAGUCAGACAGCAGCCUGGAAUCAGAGUUAUCUUAUUCCUCAGAUGAGUCUCUGAGCCACACACAUCGGUGUUUCCAGGACAAGGGGAAGACUAAAGGUCGCUAUAAGUGCAGUGAGUGUGACAAGUCAUACGCCACCUCCUCCAAUCUAAGUAGACACAAGCAGACCCACCGCAGCCUGAGCGGGCAGGAAGCCCGCCAGUGUCCCACCUGCCACAAGCAGUACGUGUCCAUGCCUGCGUUGGCAAUGCACCUUCUCACUCACAAUCUGAAGCACCAGUGCAGUGUGUGCGGGAAGUCGUUCAGCCGGCCUUGGCUGCUGCAGGGACACAUGCGCUCUCACACAGGAGAGAAGCCCUUCGCCUGCUCGCACUGUGGGAAAGCCUUUGCUGAUCGCUCAAACCUCAGAGCCCACAUGCAGACACACUCUGCCUUCAAAACCUACUCCUGCAGCCGCUGCCACAAGAGCUUUGCACUCAAGUCCUACCUCAACAAGCAUCUGGAGUCCGCAUGCUUCAAACAAACUGAAAUGGACUCAGCACUGGAGCAUGCAUGA